AUGCAGAGCCAGGCUGAGCUGAAGGAGCGACGCCAGCAUCUGACGCGGCUUCAGAUGCAGCAGCAGCGCAAGGGGCAAGAGGGAGCGUCUAAGCACGGAAAGGAGGAAGGUCAGAACGGCCGUCACGAGGGGGGAGAGGACGGAACGGAGGCGAGGGACGCUCGGGAUGGAACGGAGACUGGGCACGAGGGCGAGUCUGGCGAUCAGGGGUUGGCGAAGGAUGGCGACAAGCAGCAGGAAAAGCAGGUUACUGGGAAGGCUGCAGGCAGCGGCGCCCUUGCUGCUGGUAGAGCAUCCAACGAUCAGGAUGCAGCAGGCGCCGGUCAAUCAACGGCUCACGGUGCAGCUGGUCCUGGCGCCGCUGCUGCUGGGGCUGUGGCUGCUGGUGUUCCUGGCGCUGAUGGUAUGGCUGGGGAAGAAACUAUCGGGGAAGGUUUACCUGGCAUUGCUGCGGAGGCUAUGGUAACAGAUGAGGGGGUGGGAGAGCUCGCGCAAGCAGCAGGGAUAGGCGGGGUUGGAGGGCGAGGAGCAGCAGCAGGAGGAGUGGGAGUAGGAGUGGGGGCAGUGGGGGCAGGAGGAGCAGGAGGAGGAGUAAGAGGGCUACAAGGUGGUGUGGGCGGGGAUGGUGAGGGCGAGCGCGAGGGGGAAGGGGCGUGCAGCGCAGGGGGGGAGGAGGCAGCGGCAGCAGCAGCAGCAGCAGCAGCGGCAGCGGCAGCGAUGGGGAUGCCGGUGGUGGUGGACGUGUCGCCAGAGGAUGGUGUGCUGCCUGCUGUGGGCGGAUCGGCAAACGUGGAUGGGUGUGUGCGCAAGCUUAUGGAGUUCAUGUACCACCAGCGCCGCCGCCCUGCUGAUAACAACGUGGAGUUCUGGCGUCAGUUUGUCGCCCAGUACUUCGCCCCCAAUGCCCGCAAGCGCUGGUGUGUUGCCUCCUACGGCAGGAGCGGCCGCCAGCCAGCCGGCGUCUUCCCUCAGGACAUCUGGCCCUGCGACCUCUGCGGGGCCAGCCCUGGCAGGGGCUUUGAGAUGACCAUGGAGGUGCUCCCGCGUCUGUUCAAGAUAAAGUACGACAGCGGGGUGCUGGAGGAGGUGCUGUAUGCGGACCUGCCCGCGGAGUACAUGCUGCCAGGUGGCGCCGUGGUAUUGGAGUACGACCACGCCAUCCAGGAGAGCCUGUUUGAGCAGCUGAGGGUGGUGCGCAAGGGCAAGCUCAAGAUUGUGUUCAACUCCGACCUCAAGAUCACCCUGUGGGAGUUCUGCACACAGAACCACGAGGAGCUCGUGCCGCGCCGCCUCGUGCUGCAGCAGGUGAGGCCCACCCCACCCCACCACCCACCCACCACCCACCCACCACCCACCCACCACCCACCCACCACCCCAUCCCACCACCCCGCCACCCACCCACCACCCACCCACCACCCCAUCCCACCACCCCGCCACCCACCCACCACCCACCCACCACCCCAUCCCACCACCCCGCCACCCACCCACCACCCACCCACCACCCCAUCCCACCACCCCGCCACCCACCCACCACCCACCCACCACCCCAUCCCACCACCCCGCCACCCACCCACCACCCCAUCCCACCACCCCAUCUCACCACCCCGCCACCCACCCACCACCCACCCACCACCCCAUCCCACCACCCCGCCACCCACCCACCACCCACCCACCACCCCAUCCCACCACCCCAUCCCACCACCCCAUCCCACCACCCCACCCCACCACCCACCCACCCACCACCCCAUCCCACCACCCCAUCCCACCACCCCACCACCCACCCGCCACCCACCCACCACCCCAUCCCACCACCCCGCCACCCACCCACCACCCACCCACCACCCCAUCCCACCACCCCAUCCCACCACCCCGCCACCCACCCACCACCCCAUCCCACCACCCCGCCACCCACCCACCACCCCAUCCCACCACCCCAUCCCACCACCCCGCCACCCACCCACCACCCCAUCCCACCACCCCAUCCCACCACCCCGCCACCCACCCACCACCCCAUCCCACCACCCCAUCCCACCACCCUGCCACCCACCCACCACCCCAUCCCACCACCCCGCCACCCACCCCAUCACGCACCCAGAAACUCCGCUGUGCUUUUUCCCCAGUGCAUUGAAUAGGUUCUGCUCGAUCGUUCUCGCAGCCCCCCUCCCGCCAUCCCUUCGCUCCUUCCCUCCUUCCCCCCAUCCUGUCGUCCCUCCCUCAUUCCCUCCCACUCUCCCCGCCUCUCUCCUCCCCCCGUGCCUAUCCACCUCUCCGUUGUUCCCAUUCUUCGCCACCAUGUGUCGCGAGUUGACACACAAGCUGGACGCCCCAACAGUCAACGACCUGGGCUUCACCAAGUGCUACGUGCGCUGCCUGCAGGUGUGUCAUGCGGGGUGCUUCAGCAGCUACAAGUCGCCAAGAGUCAACGAUCUGAGCUUCACCAAGCGCUACGUCCUCCGCCUGCAGGUGUGCUAUGCGGUUCUGCAAGGUGCUGUGCUGCAUAAAUUAAGCUAUGACUCCAUGCAAAUCGGCUUUGUGCUUUCCGCCUUUUCUUUUGACACCAUCCCACCAUCCCCCCUGUGGCAGAUAUCAGAGGUGGUGAACAGCAUGAAGGACUUGGUCAACUACAGCCGAGAGCACAACAUUGGACCCAUCGAGAGCCUCAACUCCUUUCCGCGCCUCAAGCCCACGCCCCCCUCCCCAUGCGCCUCUGACCACUCGAUUCAGCAGCACGGCUUACAGCAGCCUAGCCUGCCGCCUCUGCAGCAGCAGCAUCAGCAGCAGAUGCGCAUGCAGGCACAGCAGCAGCAACAGGGGCAGCAGGGGGGAGGGGAGCUCGGUCUGGUUACUGAACAGGUGGUGGGACAGCAGCAGGGGCAGCAAGGGCAGCAUCAGCAACAGCAUUCUAUGGGCCAGCAGGGGCAGCAGCAUUCGAUGGGGCAGCAGCAGGAGGAGGGAGGGAGCCCCCAGCAGCAGGGCAUGGGGGGGAGGGAGGAGGUACGGGCCGUCACUCCCACCUCACAGCUCAUGGCUGAGGGCGGGGGGGGAACAGGAGUGGCGGGGGGAAGAGCAGGGGGGAUGGGCGGAAUGGGAGGGGGUCAGCAGCACCAGGGGAUGCAGCAUGGGGGGCAGGGGCAGGGGCAGGGUUUGCCGCCUCUACCUCCCCCUCAGCAAAGAAACCUUCCUCCGAGGUCGCCCCUGCAACACCUGCAGCAGCAGCUACUGCAGCAGCAGCAGCAGCAGCAGCAGCAGCAGCAGCAACAACAGCAACAGCAGCAGCAGCAGCAACAGCAGCAGCAGCAGCAGCAGGAGGUGCAGAGUUCCUUAUCCCCAGGCACAGGAGCAGCAGCAGGAGGAGGAGGGGGAGGAGGAGGAGGGGCACAGGGCUUUGGAGCGCAGAGCAUGGGAGCAGGGCAGGGGUCAGGGGCGGCAACAGUGGCAGCAGCAGCUGCCGCCCUGAGAAUGAGCAGUGCCGCCCAGAUCUCCGCCCUCAUGGGGUCCCUGGGGGCAGGAGGGGGAGGGACGGGGGGAGGGGCAGGGCCUGGCGGUAUGGGCGGGAGGGGAAUGUCUAGAGCGGACAGUACAGGGGAGAGGGAGCCUGGGGGUAUGCCCGCUGAUGGUGCUGCUGGGGGCGGGGCGGGAGGAGCAGCAGGGGCAGGAGUGGGGGGAGUGGGAGGAGUGGGGGAGGGAGGGGGAGCAGGCGGAGCAGGGGCCAUGGCGGGCAUGGCGGGAGGGAUGGGCGCGGGCAUGGGUGGAAUGGGGGGCGCAGGGGGCGCAGGGGGAGGAGGGAGGGGGAUGGGCGGUUUUACCCGCGCUGGCAGUGUAGGGGGAAGCAUGGGCGGGAGUAUGGGCGGGCCUGGGGGCAGGGUUAUGGGCUCAGCUGCUGCGGCUGCUGCUGCUGCUGCUGCAGGGGGGUUUGGCAUGGGAAGGAAUCAGGAGCUUGAAGCAUUGGGAGCUGAUGCUGGUGGUGGUGGGGGGGGGAUGGAAGGCACAGCAGCACCAGCAGCAGGGCAGGGGGCUGUGAGCGAGUUUGCCGCUCUCAUGUCUCCUCCUGUGUCUCACCAGGAAGCUUCCUGGCAGCAGGCCGUUGCUGCGUCGGCAGCAGCAGCAGUGGGGGGUGGAGGCCUGGGAGGUUUGGGAGGGGUGGGUGGAGCAGGGGGGGGUGGGCCAGGGGGAGGUGUAUCUGCGAUGGGUCCUGCAGGCAGCAGAGUGGCUGCAAUGGCUGCUCGGCUCAGAAGCAUGGGGGUUACAAAUCUGGCAGGGUUGGGAAUGGUGGGAAGCGGUGCUGGUGUUGGUGCUGGCGGUGCUGUUGGUGUGGGGGGUGUGGGAGGGGCAGGGAUGAUGGGCGGGGGGGAUAUGCUGCCUGACGGGAUGGGAGGAGCAGCAGGGGGUAUGGUUCGGGCUGCUGGUAACUUUGCUGGACUGGCUUCUGCUGCAGGCUUGGCCAGACCUACGGGCGGAGGCGUGGGAGGAGGUUUGGGAGGGAUGAGAGGGGCGGCUUUGGCUGAGCGACUGGCGAGCCUAGGAGCCAACAUUGCAGACCUGGGGAGGUUUGAGAAUGUGAUGGAUGGUGGCGCUGGUGUUGGUGGUGUUGCUGGUUUGAUGGAUUCAGGUAUGUCCAUGCCUAAUUCUGCUCUCGUCGGUGGGGGUGGUGGUAUGGGUGAUGUUGGCGCUGGUGGGUUUAGAGGUGGUUUGGGAGCCACAGCAGCAGGUAUGGUUGGAGGGAAUGUAGGUUUGGUGGGAGGCUUGGGGUCGCUGGAUCGGCUCGCCGCAGCAGGUUUGGUUGGUGGAGGCGCGGGGGGUUUAGACAAGCUGCGCGGGAAAAUGCGCGGAUGGGUGCACUGCGGACUGUCGCUUUGUAAAAAGCACAAACACGGCGGCGGAAACGGGAAGGGUGGAACAGGGGGCGCUGGCAGAGGGACGGGUGGCGGAACGGGCAGUGGCGGAACGGGCAGUGGCGGAACGGGCGGUGGCGGAACGGGCGGUGGCAGAAUGGGAGGCGGCGGAAUGGGUGGUGGCGGAAUGGGCGACGGAGGAAAAGGAGGCGGCGGAAGCAUGAUGGGCGGCGGAGAAAUAGGUGGCGGAGGAGAUGGAGGGGGAAUAGGCGGAUCUGCGCCUUCCGCUCCUGCCAGUGCUCCCGCAUCAGAAGCAGCCAGUCCAGUGCGCCCGCAUCAGCUGCCAUGGCUCCCGCAUCAGAAGCAGCGACCAUGGCUCUGCCAGCGCCCCCAGUUCCACCAGCGCUGGCCCCCAGUUCCACCAGCCAUGGCACUGGCAGAGGGACGGGUGGCGCCCCCAGCGACCAUGGCUCUGCCAGCGCCCCCACUGGGGGUGCAGCCUGUUGGAGGGAGUUCGGUGGUGGGGCGGUUCUGCCAUGGCUCCCGCAUCAGCGACCCAUCAGGGGAUGGUAUGGGCGGAAUGGGAGGCGGCGGAAUGGGUGGUGGCGGAAUGGGCGAUGGAGGAAAAGGAGGCGGCGGAAGCAUGAUGGGCGGCGGAGAAAUAGGUGGCGGAGGAGAUGGAGGGGGAAUAGGCGGAUCCGCGCCUUCCGCUUCUGCUAGUGCUCCCGCAUCAGAAGCAGCCAGUGCGCCCGCAUCAGCUGCCAUGGCUCCCGCAUCAGAAGCAGCGACCAUGGCUCUGCCAGCGCCCCCAUGCGCCCGCAUCAACUGCCAUGGCUCCCGCAUCAGCGACCUAUCAGGGGAUGGUAUGGGCGGCGGAGGAAUCGGCGGAGGAGGAACGGGUGGAUGCAUGGGCGGACCUGGGUCAUCUGCUCCUGGAUCGCAAUCAGCCAUGGGUCCUGGUGGGGGUAUGGGCGGCGGAGGAAUGGGCGGCGGCGGAAUGGGAAAUGGCGGAAUGGGCGGCAGAGGAAAAGGAGGGGGAGGGACGGGCGAUGGCGGGUUGGGUGGGGGCAGCAGCAAUAUGGGCGGGGGAGGGAUGGGCGGCGGGGCAAUGGGUGGCGGUGCGACGAGUGGCGGCAGGACGGGUGGCGGUGCGACGGGUGGCAGCGCGACAGGUGGCGGUGCGACGGGUGGUGGGGCGACGGGUGGUGGAUCAACGGGUGGCGGCAGGACGGGUGGCGGCGCGUCGGGUGGCGGAUUGACGGGUGACGGUGCGACGGGUGGUGGUGCGACAAGUGGCGGUGCGACAAGUGGCGGUGCGACAAGCGGCGGUGCGACGGGUGGUGGGGCAACGGGUGGCAGCGCAACGGUUGGCGGAGGGACGAGUGGUGGUACGACGGGUGGCGGAACAACGGGUGGUGGGGCGACGGAUGGCGGUGGAACGGGCAGCAGUGGAACGGGCGGUGGCGGCAGUAACAUAGGAGGUGGUAAGGGCGGAUCACGGUCCCCAUGA